AUGAAGAACCCCCUACACAACCCCUUGCCCGCCUCGCUAUCGAGCGAGUGCGAAAAGGCCGCGGCAAUCCUUGAAUCGUUUAUCAACCCCAAAUUGAAGAUCGAUGGCAAAAUCCCACGGAAAAUAUUCUUGGGUGCCAAGGGUAUCGCUGUGUUCACAGCACUCAGACUUGGAUUCCUAGGCUCAGUCCGCUUCGGCUCGGGACUAAUCGUCGCCCGCCUCCCAGAUGGCAGCUGGUCAGCGCCAUCAGCUAUGGCAAUGGGCGGCCUAGGCGCCGGUGGACAAUUUGGCGCUGAACUGACCGACUUCGUAUUCGUCCUGACGACUGAUGCAGCAGUGAAGACAUUCAUGCAGUCGGGAAACUUGACCAUUGGUGGAAACAUCUCUAUGGCUGUCGGCCCCAUUGGCCGCAGUGCCGAGGCAGGGGGUGUGGUGGGAGCAAAGAAUGCAACGGGUGUAUUCGCCUACAGCAAGACUCGUGGGUUAUACGGCGGGCUCACGGUUGAAGGUGGUGUGCUUGCCGAGCGUCCGUACGCGAACAAAAAGAUGUAUGGGCGAAAGGUUCCAGCGAAGGAACUAUUGAGCGGGCAGGUUCCAUCCCCGCCUGAAGCCCAGGUCCUCAUUGAUGUCUUGAAUGGGGAGUGCUUCCGCGCUGAAUCGUCUGCCGAACCUACAUCAGAGAGUCCCGAUGAGUCGCAGGGACAAGUACCCGAGGCUGCUGUGCAACCAGCGAGCGAGCAACCGCAGGGGGUUUCAGUGCCUGUUGCUGCUCAGGUGGUAGCCGCUGAGCCAGGUGUCGGGAAGGUACAUGGAACAACAGAGCUGCUCACUGGAGACUCCCAUGGUUUAUCUCAUGAGCCACAAGCUCGAGAGACUGAGCCGGUUGUUGAACAUAGAUCACCUACCCAGCACGGGGCACGCGGACAUGUUGAAUUGCCCAACAGUGACACCCAAGAUGCACAGAUCGCAGACGUCCCACAUGCUAUUUCUACUACUGAGGAUGAUUUGGCCGCAGGAUCGAGUACACAACCAGCACACGAAGCUAUCGAGCCGGUGGCUGGAGAAACUGACAAGACAAUUCGUGGGGUUCAGACCUAG